AUGCAGAAAAUAGGCGAUGGUAAGAGUACUCAUGUCAUCCCUCAUAUGCCAAGUGGUCUCCCAAAUACACGGCCCAACAUCGUGAUUUUCAUGCCGGACCAGCUCCGCUACGAUUCACUACACUGCUCCGGACUGAACCCCGUCGUCAAAACGCCGAACAUCGAUGCAUUCGCAUCUCGCGGGGUAAGGUUUUCCGAAUGUUAUGUUCAAGCUUCAGUAUGUACGCAAUCGCGCUGUUCCAUGUUCACAGGACUCUAUCCACAUGUAUCUGGUCACCGAUCGCUGGAGAAUCUUAUUAAGCCAUGGGAGCCGAACCUUUUCAAGUCGUUGAAAGAUGAUGGAUAUCAUGUUGCUUGUAUGGCGCCACGGGGUGAUCUUUUUGCACCCACGGUCACCGAGUUGAGUUUGACUGAAUAUGGUUUCUUGGAGCCGCCUGAGAUGACGAAAGUCAUUGGAGGCCAUGUCGACGAAAGGCCCGAAGAGGAAAUCACUAUCUGGGAGCGACUUUUCUACAAAGGACGCCGAGAUGUGAGCAAGGCAGUGGAUUACGAUGAAGCGGCGAUUCGGGGUGCAGAGAAAUGGCUUGACUGCCCUCCGGAUGACAAGCCGUGGGUUUUGUUCCUGCCACUGCUGUUCCCCCAUUGCCCAUUCACUGUUGAGGAGCCUUACUUCUCGAUGUAUAGCCGAGAGGAUAUGACUACCCCAUCAUCACAUAAACAAAAGACGGGAUGCGAGCCAAAGUACAUGGAGUUGAUCCGGAAUCGAUAUGGCACCGAGCGAGCCACUCCAGAAAUCUGGGCCGAGGUAUCAGCAACAUACCAUGGCAUGAUCUCUCGACUCGAUGACCAAUUCGGGCGUAUCGUCAAGAAGCUCGACGCAACAGGACUUUGGGACAAGACGAUCACCAUGUUCUUCACCGACCAUGGCGAAUACCUCGGCGACCACGGUCUUAUCGAAAAAUGGCCAAGCGGGCUAUCCGAGACCCUAGUCCGAGAGCCCCUAAUCAUCGGCGGCGGUGGCCUCCCAUCCGGCCUUGUACGCGACAGCAUGGCCGAAAUGGUCGAUAUAGUCCCAACAAUCCUCCAACUCUGCAGCAUCGACGAAACAUUUCCACACAAUGGAAAGUCAUUACUCCCAACGAUCCUCGAAGACGCCCCACACCGCGUGUACGCCUAUUCAGAAGGUGGAUUCCUUCUCUCAGAGGAACCGCUCCUCGAAAAUGCCUCAUUCCCAUACGAUCUCAAGUCCAAGCUCCAGCAUGAAGAAACCCGGGCGGUAGGAAAGGCAAUUUCCAUGCGAGAUCACAACUGGACAUAUAUCUAUAGACUAUAUGAGCCUGCGGAGCUGUAUGAUCGACGGGCCGAUCCCCAGGAGCUCCAUAAUCUGGCGGCGGAUCCGAAGUUCGUGCACCAGGCGAGGCUUAUGGAGAGUCAGAUGUUUAGAUGGAUGGUGGAGACUAGUGAUUUUUUGCCGUACUCGAAAGACGGCAGGUUUCCAAAUGUGGAUUUGCCAGCGCCGAAGAAUCUACUGGAGGAUAGGAAGGCCAAAAGGGAGUUGGAAAGUAGCCGCUAA